CAUGCGUUUACUAGCAUGGUUCCUGUGGCUACAGUACCGGCUGGAGAAGUUGUGGAAUUAUUCGCAUAGUAAAGUUUAAACACUAAAAAAUGGUCGUUAACUGCGGUGAUUUAAACAAAGUGUGAAGCUCUAAGUAAAGAGUUUAUUCCACAAGAAGCAGGCGGAGGAAACAUGACAGCGAACGAGGAUCAAGAGAUGGAGCUGGAGGCUCUUCGCUCCAUCUACGAGGGUGAUGAAGGUUUUAAGGAAAUCAGUCCAGUGUCUUUCCAGUUUAGGAUAGGAGACCUAGAGGACAAAAAAGCAUUCAUCCUGGACAUCGCAUGGCCGGAAACGUACCCCGAGACAGCCCCACAAAUUUCCCUUGAUGCCUUUUUCAACAACAGAAUCUCUGCAGAUACAAAGCAGCUGAUCCUGUCAAAGCUGGAGGAGCAGGUGGAGGCCAACCUGGGCACCGCCAUGAUGUACACACUAUUUGAAUGGGCCAAAGAAAACCAGGAGGCCCUCAUGGAGAACCAUAAGCCUGUAGUGACUGCUGUGACGUUGACCUCCAGCAGCGAGGUCAUGACCGGCGGCUCCACUGCUAAGAAGAAGGAGAGGAAGGAGCAGUUGACAAAAUCUCAGAAAAGAAGGAUGAUUAACAGAACAGAUCAUAAAGGAGAGCUGCCCAGAGGUUGGAACUGGGUGGACGUAAUCAAACAUUUGAGUAAAACAGGAGGAAAAGACGAUGACUAAGUGCGAGCGCAGUGAUCCAUCCGGUGGUGCUGCUUUGCACAAAGAACUGCAGUGACGUGUGAAACCACUGCAGCCUGUUGCUGCUGCUGCUGCUGCUGCUGCUGUGGUCCAGAAGCCUUCACCUCCAACAUCACCAACAUGUUACACUCUGACAACCACAGCAGGCUCGGAACACUGGACUUGAGGACACACACACACACUCUUGUUUAGCUUAAGUGAGCUGGGACUGAUCAGAAAGUCCUCGCCGUGUUUUCUGUGUUUGUGGAAAAGCAGCCAUGUGAAGAGGAGCCCACUGCGUUGCGUUUGUUUAUUUAGCCCUCAGAUGCUCCGUCAUCCUUCAGGGUGGAGCCUUUUCUCAUACUUGCUCUCACUGCCAUGUUUCAGCCCAAACAUGGGUCAAACUGAGCCAUAAAUGUUGGGCUGUGAUCAUAGACUGUAUGUAAAAGUGGACAAUGUCUUCCAGUUGCAAAACAAACUCAUUUUAAAGCCUCAGGAUUUGAAUUCACACCUGCAACCAGGCUCCUAAUGGACAACAUCAGCUGUCAAUCACACUGGGAAAUGGAAACAUUAUUUACUAAAUUGACAUUGUCUGUUGAAGAAUAUCUAAAACAAGUGACUGAGACCAUUAACGCCUUCAGGAACAUGUUGACCGACAUUAUAAGCGACUCUCAUUCAAAGUCAUUUAGUGGCUAACUGCUACUUUCACCCUACUCUAUGGGCUUUACUCAAACCAGAAGACCAUGUCCAUUUUUAUAUAUAGUCUGCUUGUGUUUGUGAAUGGAUGUGUCAGUGUUCUCUGUGAAAACAGAUUCACACAUUAUGUUACUUCUGUCACAUUCUCUUUUUUUGAUAAAUGUGUUUUCCCCCCCUA